CCGUCCCCGCCCGACCCCGGCCCCGGCCCCGUCCCCGUCCCCGCCGAGCCCCGAGCGGCCCCCGCGCCGGGCCAUGGCGGCGCGGCCGGGCGGGUGAGCAGCGGAGCGCCCGGCGGCGCGGCCCCGAUGCGGAGCAGCGGCCGCCAUGCAGCCGCCGCCGCAGCCCUACGAGUUCCUGGGCGAGGAGAACGGCCCGAAAUGGCGCGGGCUCUUCGUGCCCGCCCUGCGCAAGGUUCAGCAACAGGUUCACCCAAACCUGUCGGCAAAGGAAGAUUCCCUGUAUUACAUUGAGGAGUUGAUCCUUCAGCUGCUGAACAAGCUGUGCAUCGCUCAGCCCAGGACUGUCCAAGAUGUGGAGGAGCGGGUCCAGAAGACAUUUCCUCACCCCAUAGACAAGUGGGCGAUCGCUGAUGCUCAGUCUGCCAUAGAGAAACGGAAAAGAAGGAACCCUCUCCUGCUCCCUGUGGACAAAAUCCAUCCUUUACUGAAGGAGGUCCUGGGCUAUAAGGUGGAUUACCAUGUCUCUCUCUAUAUCGUGGCUGUCUUGGAAUACAUCUCAGCUGACAUUUUAAAGCUGGCUGGAAACUAUGUUUUCAAUAUCCGGCACUUUGAGAUCUCCCAGCAGGACAUUAAAGUAUCAAUGUGUGCUGAUAAGGUUUUGAUGGAUAUGUUUGAUCAGGAUGAGAUUGGAUUGGUUUCUCUGUGUGAGGACGAGCCCUCUUCUUCUGGGGAACUCAACUACUAUGACCUUGUGAGGAAUGAAAUAGCAGAGGAAAGGCAGUACCUGAGGGAGCUGAACCUGAUCAUCAAAGUAUUUCGGGAAGCUUUCCUGUCCAACAGAAAACUCUUCACACCCAAUGAUAUUGAUGUGAUAUUCAGCAACAUCUCAGACAUCCACGAGCUGACGGUGAAGCUUUUGGGAUUGAUCGAGGACACCGUGGAAAUGACGGAUGAGAGCAGCCCCCACCCUCUGGCUGGCAGCUGCUUUGAGGAUCUUGCAGAGGAACAAGCCUUUGAUCCAUAUGAAACCUUGUCCCAGGAUAUUCUCUCUCCACAAUUUCAUGAGCAUUUUAAUAACCUAAUGGCAAAACCUGCUGUUGCUCUCCACUUCCAGUCCACUGCUGAGGGGUUUAAAGAAGCUGUACAAUACGUCCUCCCCCGCCUGCUGCUCAUCCCAGUCUAUCACUGUUUGCACUACUUUGAGUUACUACAGCAAUUGCAGGAAUGCAGUGAGGAUGAAGAGGAUCGGGAAUGCCUGAAACAAGCCAUCACUGCCCUCCUGAACCUGCAGUGCAGCAUGGAGCGCAUUUACAGCAAACACUCCCCGAGGCGGCGGCCUGGGGAGCCGGUCUGUCGCUUCUACCACCGGCAGAUAAGGAGCAAACACUUGGCCAUCAAGAAAAUGAACGAGAUCCAGAAAAACAUUGAUGGCUGGGAAGGCAAAGACAUUGGGCAGUGCUGCAAUGAGUUCAUCAUGGAAGGGGGCCUGACCAAAAUAGGAGCCAAGCACGAGCGGCACAUCUUCCUCUUCGACGGUUUGAUGAUCAGCUGCAAAACCAACCACGGGCAGUCGCGGCUCCCCGGCUACAGCAGCGCCGAGUACAGGCUGAAGGAGAAGAUCAUCAUGAGGAAAAUCCAGGUGAUUGACAAAGAGGACACCCCUGAAUACAAACAUGCCUUUGAGCUGGUGUCUAAGGAUGACAACAGCGUCCUGUUUGCUGCCAAGUCCGCCGAGGAGAAGAGCAACUGGAUGGCGGCGCUGAUCUCGCUGCAGUACCGCAGCACCCUGGACAGGAUGCUGGACUCAGUCCUGCUGCAGGAGGAGAACGAGCAGCCCCUGAGGCUGCCCAGCCCAAACGUUUAUCGUUUCGUCGUGGAGGACUCUGAGGAGAACAUUGUGUUUGAGGACAACCUGCAGAGCAGGAAUGGCAUUCCCAUCAUCAAGGGAGGGACGGUGGUGAAGCUCAUCGAGAGGCUGACGUACCACAUGUAUGCAGAUCCCAAUUUCGUACGGACUUUCCUCACCACCUACCGCUCCUUUUGCAAGCCCCAGGAGCUGCUGAGUUUGCUGAUAGAAAGGUUUGAGAUCCCGGAGCCGGAGCCCACGGAAGCAGACAGGCUGGCCAUCGAGAAGGGGGAGCAGCCCAUCAGCGCCGACCUGAAGCGCUUCCGCAAGGAAUACGUCCAGCCAGUGCAGCUCAGAAUAUUGAAUGUUUUUCGUCACUGGGUCGAGCACCAUUUUUACGACUUUGAGAGAGAUUUGGAGUUGCUGGAGAGGCUGGAGACCUUCAUUUCCAGUGUCAGAGGCAAAUCCAUGAAGAAGUGGGUGGAAUCCAUUGCUAAGAUCAUCAGGAGGAAGAAAGCCCAGGCCAAUGGGAUCAGCCACAACAUCACCUUCGAGAGCCCUCCCCCCCCCCUCGAGUGGCACCUCUGGCGCGUGGGGCACAGCGAGAGCCUGGACCUCAUGACCCUGCACCCCAUAGAGAUCGCUCGGCAGCUCACCCUGCUCGAGUCCGACCUGUACAGGGCAGUGCAGCCUUCGGAACUGGUUGGCAGCGUGUGGACUAAGGAAGAUAAGGAAAUUAACUCCCCAAAUCUCUUGAAAAUGAUUCGUCACACCACAAAUCUCACUCUUUGGUUUGAGAAGUGCAUCGUGGAGACGGAGAACUUUGAGGAGAGAGUGGCUGUGCUGAGCAGGAUCAUAGAAAUCCUGCAGGUUUUUCAGGAUCUGAACAAUUUCAACGGUGUUCUGGAGAUUGUCAGUGCCAUGAACUCUGUGUCAGUGUACAGGCUGGAUCACACCUUUGAGGCACUACAGGAAAGGAAGAAAAGAGUCUUGGAUGAAGCAGUAGAAUUAAGCCAAGAUCAUUUUAAGAAGUAUUUAGCUAAGCUGAAGUCAAUCAACCCACCCUGUGUGCCUUUCUUUGGAAUAUACCUGACAAAUAUCCUGAAGACAGAAGAAGGGAAUCCUGACUUCCUUAAAAGACAAGGGAAAGAAUUAAUUAACUUCAGCAAGAGGAGAAAAGUGGCUGAAAUUACAGGAGAAAUCCAGCAGUACCAAAACCAGCCUUAUUGUUUACGGAUAGAGCCAGAAAUCCGGAAAUUCUUUGAGAAUCUCAAUCCCAUGGGGAAGAUCCCAGAAAAAGAGUUUACAGAUUAUCUCUUCAACAAGUCCUUAGAGAUUGAACCUCGGAACUGCAAGCAGCCACCUCGAUUUCCUAGGAAAACAACGUACCCCCUGAAAUCCCCCGGGAUAAGGCCCAACACGGGCAGACACGGCUCCACCUCUGGCACCUUGAGGAGUCAUCCACUGCCACUCGAAAAGGAGCCCAGCAAGAUAAGCUUCAGUAGGAUCACUGAGGCGGAACACGAAUCCACAGUUUCGGCACCCACCUCUCCCAACACCCCGUCCACGCCACCGGUGUCGGCGACUUCGGAGUUCAGUGUGUUCUCAGACAUAGACCUCAACAGUUCUUACGGUAACAACAGCAUCUUCGCUCCUGUGAGUUUGCCUCAGUCGAAGACUUUCUUCAGCUCCUGGGGGAGCUUUCCCAAACUGAGUGAUGAGCCUCAGAACCCUCCUCCGCUUCCUCCACGAAAAAAGAUGGAUCAGGAUGCUUCUAAUGCUAAGGGAAACUUAAAGUCGGAUGACGACCCUCCGGCAAUCCCACCUCGGCAGCCGCCGCCUCCAAAGAUCCAGCCUCGUGCUCCUGCUUACACCAACCCCCUGGACCAGCCUCUGCACAGCCCUCCUCCUCCACCCCCCCGGGACCCUCUUCCCGACACUCCCCCGCCGGUGCCGCUCCGGCCGCCUGAGCACUUCAUCAACUGCCCGCUGAGCCUGCAGCCGCCGCCGCUGGGACGCUUCCACAGGGAUCCCGAGUGGCUGCGGGAGGCUGGCACGGGCCCCAGCUCCCCGGGCACCCCUCCCAGCACCCCCUCUCCCCGGGUCCUGCGCCGCUGCUGCGUGACCAGCGCGAGUCACAACAACCUGGUGCACCCGCCCGUGCCCCCCGUCCCACCCCGGCACAACUCCAGCCCUCAGCUACCAAAACUGCCACCAAAGACUUACAAAAGGGAGCUCUCCCACCCUCCUUUGCACAGACUGUCUUUGCUAGAAAAUGCAGAAACUCCUCAAUGACCUUUGCCAUAGUAGUCAUUGACACUGGAAUAGUAUUUGUAAAGUUUCCUCUUUUCUUUUUUUUUUUUUUUUUUUUAUUUAUUCGAAAAGAAAAAAAAGGCGGUGUAUUUUAGUAUUUUCACAAAUUAUGCUCUUAAAGUGCUGCUGAUCAAAAAAAAAAAAAAAAAAAGGUUUAAAUUGGAAAAAAUUCAGAUGACACACACACAAACACUCCAGCCUGUGUGGUUGGGCAGCAUUACCCUCAGGUGAGCAGCAGCAUUGCCUUGGUUCACAUCCUCAGUGCCGACAGUUCUGCCAGGACACAAAAAUAGACCUUUUGCACUGUAAAAUACACUAAACGAAUUUUAAACUGACAUCACUGAAUUGCACUGAGCCAAAAAAAAAAAAGGUGCGUCUGUGGAAUUUUUUUCAAAAAAAUUUGAGCACCAGUGGCCUUUUUUUUUUAGUUAAAAAAACCCAACCAUGGGACGCUCAACAACACAAGGAUAUAAAGUGUCACCGAUUUGAAACCUCUGGCUAAGCCUGGAGGUUCCUGAGUGACAGCUCCUGUUCUGGGAUAUUUUCAUGCCGUGUCUUAAUCGCCAUUGAUUUGCUGCUGAAGACAAAAACUAGGUUGAAAUCUAAAUACCAAAAUAUUCAGUUGGCCUUGGUUAUUUGGAGAAAGGAUGAACAAGGAGUACCCAUCUGGGAUAUUGGGAAGGAUCCCAAGUACAUCCUGUUCAGAUGUGCCUUUUUAUUUUGGUAGGCGAAGGUGUCUUAAGCUAAAGAAUUUAUCUACUGUUGUGGAGAACAAAACUAUGCCUGUGUCUGUACAAUUGUUUAUAUUGUAUAUUUACAUAUAUUCUAAUCACCUGUAUAAAUUGAAGUUGACUUUGAGGCCUAUAAUACAGUUGCUACUCCUGUGAUCGUAUCCAGCCAGAAGCGUUUCCUCUGGCUUGGGAACAGUCUUGCCUUCCAAACCUAACAACUUUUCUGUAGAUCUACACUUAACUUAAUCGUGAAUCCAUUUUGGAAAUUGGUAGCAUUUAAACCAGCAAACACUUAAAAAGCUUUAUUAAACUUUUUGAACUGAUAAGUGAAUGGAACUUUUCUUUGCCAGUCGAACGCCGUGUUUGAACUGGUGCGAGAGUGAGUCUGUUUUACUGGUAGUACUGUAGCAGCAUUUAUAAAGUGGCCUUCAGAAGCCACAUUUUAUUUACUGGUCUGUGGCCUUUUACUGUGCUUUGUAUCAGAGUUCUUAACAAGAUUAAUAAAUCACCCCAGUCUUAAUUUUUAA